CAUUUGAUAUAUUUUUGUAGAGCAUUAAUUUGAAUACUUGCAUCGAACCUGACGUUGGAAUCCAAGAUACUGACAGUUUUUUCAAAAUGAUUUAUAGAUACUGCGUUAAAACGAAAGAACGAAUACAAAAAUUGUUCAAAUUACCAUUUAGACGUUUAACGAUUUACAGUUUACUUUUGUGCUUCUUACAAUUUCCUGGAUUCAUUUGGCUUGCUCUUUGGGAUGCACAUUUGUUACAAGAACUUGGAAUACAAAUUAUUGAGAAAAAACGAGGAAAUGAUUAUACGUGCAAUAAUAAUUUUUUACAGAUAGCAGAGAGUCUUUUAUUGAAUUGUCAACAAAUUAAUCAACAACGUUUCGUAUUUUUAUCGUGUAUUUCUUUUAGUUAUUUAUUGGGUGAAAUUUUGUUCAUAAUAGGAAUACAAAUUGUUAAGAAAAAGUGGAUAUUGAUAUUUUCAUCAAUUAUAGGAGGCUUAGCAAUACUCUGUGUGAUUUUUGUAGUCCAAUAUGUCAUGCAAAUUAUUUUGUCCGUAAUAUUUCUCGCAUCUUAUGCGAUCAAUCAUACAAUUGUUAAUAUUUUAAUAGCAGAAAAUUAUCCAACAGGUUUGAGGGGAACUGUUAUGGGAUUUACAAGAAUAUUACCUCAUUUAACAGCGGCAAUGAUCAAAUUUAUAUCAAAUCUUUCCUGUAAUUUUAGUAUAAUAGCAGCAUCUAUUAUUUUAAUAAGUGCUGCUAUUUUCGUUUUACCGAUGCCCGAUUUAACUGGAACACCUAUACAAGAAAGACCUGUUCAUUUGGACGAUGAUACAUAAAUUUUAUUCAAA